UUAGAAACUAAAUGGCCCUGCGAGGUACGCUCGUACUGGUUAUCGUUACAGCCAUUCGUUAAAUUCGUCCGUUUCUUGCUCCGCUACGUGACGCCAUUUAUUAUAAUCCUCGUAUGUUGAGCGCACCUGUGCUAUGUGACUCCAAUUUGUCACUGUAUCUAAGCGCGCUCGCUAUAUCGGACAAUGGAGCGUUAAUAUUCAAUUACGCCGUCAACGUCGCAAAGUCACACUCCACGUCCGUAAACGAUCUUUUUAUGAACAGCAAAUUCUUAUGCGGCGCGAAUUCCGUGAGCAUGGAAUUUUUUCAAUUUACAUCGACCUGGCUGAUUGUCGCUCUCACAUGGACGCGCGUCAUCGCUGUGAUGUUUCCAUUCGGAGCCCGCGACCAAAAUCGCUCCGCGAUUACGAUUAUCACCAGCCUAGUCUGCAUAAGCUUCACAAUAUCCUUAACAAAGCUGUACUCUGGCGGAUACGAAACCGACAGCGUUUUUGAAUUUGUACCGUGCCAGAAGAUGAAGCCAUGGGGCAGCGCUAUGUACUUUUACAUCGCCCUGUCCACGUGGCUGCCCUUGCUUUUUAUAUCGAUCGGCAAUCUGUUACUUUUCGUUCGUAUGAGGAGGUCUUACAAGAUUCACAACGAAUUAACUCAUAAUUUUAGAUACAGAAGCAAUAGGACAAAUAAUUCAAGUAGAACGUUGCUCGCGGUAUCGAUAGUACAUUUGAUCUUGCUGCUGCCAUUGGGAAUUGUCGAAACAUUGGAACUUUAUUGGGACGUGAUUUUAAUCAAACAUCCUAGUAAUACAGGAGAUAACGAGAGAUACAUACACUGGUUGCAAGAGAAGAUGUUACUGAAGUGGUGCCACGGCCUGCUCUUUCACAUAUAUCACUGGAAUUUCGCAAUAAACUUUUUUCUGUAUUACCUUACAGGAAAUAAAUUUAGAAAUGUCGUUACGCAAACGUUGAAAAAUUAUACACAUCUGUCGUGUCACAAAAGUCUUGCGGUGCAAUACAUGGAGUAGCUGUCACAGACAUUUUACAUACAAUCUUUGCAUUACGUUGCUAACGGAACUGUUGUACGAAGCAAACAAUUCAAUAAUGUAGCAAAUAAUUCAAUAAUAUUCAAUAAUAGAAAUAAUUGCAAUGAAAGAGACAGUAACGUUGCCUAAUUUUGUAAAAGCAAAGUACAUUAGGAAGAAAACUCUUCGAUAUAGGAACGUUGCAUUAUACAUAUACCUACAUAGAUACAUCCGUUUCAAGGAUAAACU